UCUGUAACUAUUCCUAACAAUAUGGCCGAUGAGGUGCGAGAAGGCAGUCCACUGCCAGAUAAAACUGUGCUUACAGAAGUAGUUCAGGAGCCAGUAAAGAUAGCAGGAGCAUCUGACAUAGACACCUCCUCUGAAGUACCAGUUAUACCAGCUGGUCCUCCUAAACCUAAACCAAAAAGAGCACCAGAACUACCAAUAUUUGAAAGAAAGAAUUGGUUAAUACAUCUACAUUAUGUCAGGAAGGAGUUCGAUACAUGUAAAUCACUCAUCAAAGAAUCAAUGGCUGAGAGUGGAGGCAUGUGUGAAUAUGCUGUUUAUGUGCAAGCAUUGAUAUUAAGACAGGAAGGUCGAAUACAAGAAUCUCUAGAAUUGUUUCAGACCUGUACGUUACUUAAUCCUCAUAGUGCUGAUAAUCUGAAGCAAGUAGCUAGAUCACUAUUCUUAUUGGCUAGACACAAAGCUGCACUUGAUGUAUAUAAUGAAGCCAUAAAGCUUAAUGAGAGAGAUUGGGAAAUAGCUCACAACCAAGGAGUUUGUAACAUGUACUUGAGAGAAUAUGACAAGGCAAAACAUUGUUUGACCCAGGCUCUGACAUUUAAAAGACAUGAGAUAACAUUUUUAAUGCUGGGGAAAAUUUAUUUGAUGGAGGGAAAUAUAAAUGGUGCAAUAGAUAUCUACAAACAGGCUGUGGAGUAUUCUCCAGAAAAUCCAGACAUGUUAACUACUCUUGGCUUGUUGUACAUGCAGGUAACCCAGUUCCAAAAAGCAUUUGAAAAUUUGGGAAAUGCCAUGACCUAUGACCCUGCCCAUGUCAAGGCCAUCAUGGCAGCAGGAAGUAUGAUGCAGACACAUGGUGACUUCGAUGUUGCUCUGAACAAGUAUAGAAUAGCUGCUGUGGGGACACCUGAGAGUCCUCCAUUGUGGAAUAAUAUUGGAAUGGCCUUCUUUGGAAAGAAGAAAUAUGUUGCUGCUAUCAGCUGUCUUAAGAGAGCCAACUACUUAGCUCCCUUUGACUGGAAAAUAUUGUACAACCUAGGACUAGUACAUCUCACCAUGCAACAAUAUGCCUCAGCUUUCCACUUCCUCAGUGCUGCUAUAAAUCUCAGACCAAAAAUGUCUGCCUUAUUUUCAUUACUGGCAGUGGCAUUAUCCUAUUUAGAAGACCCAGACAAUGCUAAGCAAGCUUAUGAACAGGCCAUUGGUCUUGAUCAGAAAGAUCCCAACAUCCCAUUGAAUUUUGCUAUAUUUUUAUAUAACAAAGGAGACAAGAGGGAAGCAUCUAGUCAGUUCAGGGAGUUUGAAUCUAGAGUUAAAGCUGGUCAGAUGAGCUUGGAUGCUGAGACACAAGAAGCAGCCACCAAAUUAGCUACUGCCUUACAAGUUGGAGAUAGCUUAGUCUGGAAAACUCCACCUAAGCCUGAACCUCAACCAGAGGCACCAUCAGACUCUAAUGCCAACAAACUACCACCGUCUUAUGUCAAGGAGCCACCAGUAUCUCAGAAAGACACUGGACCAGCUGAUGUUCCACCAUCACCAGCCCCAACACCAAUUAUACCACCUUAUGAUCCAUAUGAGGAUGACAGACAAUCCAGAGCUAGUCAUCGUCAAGAGGCAGAAACACCAACACCGCACCCUGCUCCAAAUAGGGUUAUGGGUGGACUUCCACCACUGGCAGCCAUGGGUGGGAUGGGUGGGAAAAGUCUCCCGGCUCUGUCAAGGACGAUAAGACAGUCUGAUAUAGAUAAGUUACCUCCCCCUCCUUCUACAGAGCUACCACCAUCCUAUGAUGAGGCUAUUGAUGAAUUGGAACAUCCUCCUCCAACAAAGGAGAAAAGACAAAUGGAACCAGCCAUGUGAUGAUUUAAAGCUGAACGACUUGAGUAUUUUUUUAAUGGAAUUCAGUGGCAUGUGUAAUAAUGAAAUGUGACCGUACCUCCCUUUUAGGGGAUGACACAAUAAUAUACUUUCCAAAUGCUAGAAUAUUUCAUUCUCUUUUCAAUUUCUCACACAUUAUCUCAGUUUGGGUAAAUCUGUGAAAAUUAUAUCAGAUUGUAGUCACAUUCUUCUGCUAUUUCUCAGUUCAUAUUGUUAACUUGCAUAGUGUUACUGAAAAUAUAAUAUGUUGUUAGAUUAUUUGAGUACAAAGACAGAACAAUUUUGUAUUUUAUUAGCAUACCAUGAAUACUACUUGAACAUAUGUCUUAAGACACAGUCACAGUUUGAACAUCAAUAGAUAUUAUGUAUGUUCUAAGUACAGCAAGUUUUAUCAUAUUAAAGAAAGUUUGAGAUGGAGAGUUUUAAAAUUGAAAUUUCUAUCAUUUGAAACACUAAAAAAAAGUUAAAAUUUUACUUUUUGAUCUUUAAGAUAGUUUUGUCUUUAUAUCUGUUUAUGGAAUUACAUCUGUAUGUUUGUGAAUUUGUCUGUGAUAUUUCUUAUGCUUUCUUUUUAAUAAAAAGAAAAUAACAUU